GGGUGUUGUUCUUCGCGGGGUGACUAGCCAAACCGGAGGCGCGGCCCGAAAAGCCGAUUGGCCCCAGCCCUGAGCUUGAACUGAAAAUAUACGCAGUGUAUGUCGGACGCUGUCCAAUUAAUCAAUCUCGGGAGAAAACGAGAGGGAGUGAUCCGCAUGGGAACGUCUUUUGCGAACCUAACCGCCCGGAGAGGCACUACUAUGCGUAGUCGACCGGCUCGCACAGUAAUUGCUCCGAUGCCUAGCUACCACACCACACCGAAGGCGACAAAGAGGAUAGUUAACUUUUUAAUUUUUUUGAUCCCGUGCUUGCUACCCCGGAUUCUAUACCGAGGAAUUUCUCCUAGCUGCCCUGAAAGUCCAGGUUACCAAAGAAAGAAACGAUACAUGAUCGCCUCACCGGAGCUUCAAAGGAUGGAGUCACUCCUGUCAUCCCGCUGGCUCAAACUAGGUUUCGUGAUUGAUCGGCCACUUAUGUCGUGCGGGAGAUCGUAUUUGACCGUGCAACCCCGUUGUACGGAAUUCUAUUCGUGCAAGUUUCUAUCCUCCGGCCACGGGGGGAUGUUGAUUGACACCAAACGUGUCAAUUCUGACGUGGUUUUGAAAAUGCAGCCAUGCAUCUCGGUGUUACCCAUCCCGAAUCAAUUCGCGUGGGUAGAGGCUCUCUUUGUAAAAUGUUGAGUAGGCUGCUCUAUUCCUCAUUGAAGCUAUUGGCUGGCAUUUGAAGCUUUCCUCAUUCCUCAAUAUUCCCCCUUCUUUGGCUUAUCUAGAACUUCAAGUUUACUAGGGUGUCCUAUCAGGUACCCGCAUGGAGUACUUUUGGAAGACGGGGGACUCCUAUAUCUAUGCCAGUUGUUAUAUGUAGCUGUUCGCAUGUUAUGUUUUCAAGUGUAUAAUGUCCUCAUUAUACCGCGUCAAUCCUUGGUGAUUAUUGUAUCUUGGGUAGUAUAUCCGAUACAAUGCACCUGUACUUCUCUAGGACAUAUUGUACAACUCACCGAUAUUCGAGAUGAGAUCGAUUGUGUAUGUGUCAUUUGAUGCUUGAAGCCUUUCAAUUGCUCCUGUGAGAGGUUCAUUUAUUUCGCCUUCUUCUUUCAUUCUGGGUGCAAUCUUGUUCAAGUCUUGUAGUUUUUGGGUGCAGUUGAUCACCUACCUAAUUGCUUUGAUAGCUAAGACGUAACUCAUGUCAAAGAUAUGAAUUAGCUCUUAAAGAAUGGCUCUGGCAAUUCUCUGAAGAGAUAGAACUCACUAAAUGUUUCACGCGCUCAAAACUUAUGGGGGUGGAUGGACAAAAGUGGUUGCCAUGCCAAAAUAGGCAAUUUUCAACUUCAUACACACAUCCCAUCUAAUUCACUCAUGCAUUGCAUUCUUUCUUCUCCCCACCCUUUUACACAAUUCUCAAGGCAAUCUCUCUGCCUCGUCUCCUUGAUCACUUCCAAAAGGUCAUCCAACAAUGCCCACGCUAAAGCAGCUCUCCUGUCAAAUAGAAUGGGCCGGCUCGAAUGUUCCAUUCAAGGAGUACGGCACUACCUAUGGCGACGGGUUUGUGGAGUGCUAUAUAGCGAUCCCCAAUUCGUCUACUCCGUUUUCAAUUAAUUUGAGAUCAAGCGGCUAUAUUGCGCCAGGGUUAGCUAUGUUUGUUUUCAUGGAUGGAGUAUACCAAUGCAAUCGGAACAGAGAUGACCUGCGGCCCAUCCCCAGGUCACUAGAGGAAAUUAGGAAAUUUAGAGAUAUUAGCUUUAGGGUCCGCCAAAGGGAACAGCGGCUGCCUGACGGUGAAUGGAUUGGAAGGCACUGGAGGUUCGAGCGUUUCCAGUUGGUCAAAUUUUCCGGCAACAACGAUGAUAUUACAAAACACUUUAAAAGAUUGGGUACUAUACAGGUGGUAGUUCUACGCUGCGCGGCGCAUCCAAAGACAAACAUAGCUAGAGAUGAUGGUAUAUCAGACGGUGCACAGACACCAGAAUCCGGGAUGUCUCCUGGCUCCGGGGUUGAAGAUGAUGACUCCGUCUCAAGCGACGAGUCGUUCAUAUACGAACAUCACAGCGGUCGAUUUCAGGAAGGAAAUGGCGAAAUUUGGGGAGCCCUCGGAGGGUUGUUUGACGGGCCUCAUGACAGUACAUGCCAUGUCCUGGGGGCUCCACACAAAUAUAGUUACCCACAUUGCUGCCCUGCGUGCCACCACCCCCGUGAUAAUAACAAAGGAAGGCCUUCUGGGUACCCCCUUGACCAUACUGGAGGGUCGUGUCAGCAUGCCAGGCUUGCUGAAAUAGAUUGCCAUCUGGACCAUACCCGCCAAGAAACGGUAAUAGAUGCGCCCGAUAUCCCUCCAUGCCGCAGGCAACAUUCAAGGGGUCAUAACCUACACUCCCACAGUGGAUGCUGCAUGCAUCGAUCAAACUUACCACUGAAUACUCGUGAAAGUGAUUCUCAUCCCUCCCUGCCUCCGAAUAGGCAUCUACAUAACAUCAGGUCCACAAGCAGAGAAAACCCAGCAGCCACAAUUCCUCAUGGAGAGGUGCAAGCUGACAGUCUGUUGUUUGUGCCACCUAUUCUAUUGAAUAUUAGCCCUCAUAUACUUGGAGACGUCAAUCCCUCCCUCAAUAAGAGGGACGAAAAAAGCAUAAAAUCAGAUGAUCAUGACUACUACGUGAUUUCUGAUGGCAAACGGGUCCCUGAGAGUUUAGACUAUGGCCGCUACCCGCAUAACCCCACAGAUUCCCGCAGUGGCGCAGACAACAACGGGAGAAAAAAGUCCAAAAGGAGGAGACGGUCUCGUGGCAAGAACAAGAAAGAGGAAUAUCAAGCAGAUUUGAACCAGCAAGACGAAAGCUCAAGAUGGGAUGGGAAUAGUAGCAACCAGGACCGAUGUGGCGUCGAUGGCGAGGCUACUCCCUGCCCACGGACCGAGAGCAAUCAGGCGGACAAUACCGAUAAUGACAUUCCACUGCUUCCCGAGGACUGGAAUAUUCGUGACGAAAAUCAUCAUAGUCCAACUAGGAUUAAAAAUGACGACUCUAAUCCCAAUGUUCAACCAUCCCCAACAGUACCGAAUCAAUGUCAAGAACCUUCUACAACGCAGAUUCAGGAUUUUAGCGAAUGUUGGGUCUCACAACAACCUGUUUUCGUUUCUCCAGUGCUCUCGGAGCCUGUUAGAGACGAGCCUCCGCUAUAUACAGUUCCUGAGUCAGUGGCACAUGCGGAAUCCCUUACCCAUCAGGUUCAAUUAGGGCCACAGGCAAGAUAUGUACACAGGAUCAGGACGCCUAAGUACUUGGAUACUAUGAAAAAGCCGUAUGCAGAGUUUGUUUUUAAAUACCGCGCUGCGGGUAAGUCUCUUGAGUGUGAUAUCAGCCCCGGUUCGUGUCACUGAAGGAUUUCUUUUCUACUAUUAGACGUGAUUCAAGAAAAAUUCCAGGUAACUGUCGUCUCGGAUAUUGAGGAGGAGAGAAGAAAACUUGAGGCUCUACCAAGAGUUGAAAUUGUAAACCAACUGCUUCGUGCUCAGGGCCUCCUCUCAACUUCCAACAUGGCCAGCAAUCUUAGCCCCAGAGCCUCACCACCGGCCCCGUUCGCACAUCCCCAAUCACCCAAUGAACGAAUGGCGCCCAGUGAUGGGUUUCCAAAUAUGAGCCGUAGUUCACAGAAUGCCGGCGGUGGAAAUCGGUCUAGCUUCGCUACCAGCGGGGCCCCUCACCCUCCCCCAUGCAGUAAGAUGCAGCGCAGUGGCUCCGACGGCGGGAAUGUAACUACGCAAUCUGACAACUGCCCUCCUGUCUCAUCAAACCUCAAGCCGGGACAAGCAACGCAAGGUAGCAAUGGGGGUAACGGAGGCUGUAAUGGAGAGGCAUCGUGCACGAGUCAGAACAGCGAUAACGGUUUCCAUGGCACCUAUGAUAAUAAUAACGAUUCCCGGCCAAGUUGGGAUAGACAAACGGCAUAUGAUGCCCAUGUUGGAGAAGAGGGAAUGCUUUGGUAAUCGAGUGGUUAAUUUAGGGGAAUGGGGGGUUUGCAAAAUGACAAUGAUUGACAAGCACAGAUGAUACUCAACGUUCGGGCUGAAGUAGUGGUCUCACUGGGCUGGAAGUAGGGUAGGACGCCUGGAGGUGGCGGAGAGGAGUAUCGAUACAAUCACCAUAGGAGCAGUAGAUAAUUAUGACAAGAAAUACCCUCUUAUGAAACGAAAGUUGGAAUUAUUGUAAAGCGUGAAACAAAAGGUAGAAGCCCACCCAAAAUAAAAUAAAACAAAAUAACAAAAUGAAUGAAAA